CAUGGCGGCGGCGGUGGCGGAGCCGGGGACUGGCCCGCUUCGCGUGGGCUUUGUAGGCGCGGGACGUAUGGCGGAGGCCAUCGCGCAGGGCUUCAUCCGAGCAGGGAAAGUGGAAGCUCGGCACGUACUAGCCAGCGCGCCAACUGACAGGAACCUCUGCCACUUCCAGGCUCUGGGCUGCCAGACCACCCACUCCAACCGGGAGGUUCUGCAGAACUGCUUACUGGUCUUCUUUGCUACCAAGCCCCACGUCCUGCCCACUGUCCUGGCAGAGGUGGCCCCUCUGGUAACGUCUGAGCACAUCUUGGUGUCUGUGGCUGCUGGGGUCUCUCUGAGCACCUUGGAAGAGCUGCUGCCCCCAACGGCACGGGUGUUGCGGGUCUCACCCAACCUGCCCUGCAUGGUUCAGGAAGGGGCCAUGGUGAUGGCCCGGGGCCGCCAUGCCGGAAGCAGUGAGGCCAAGCUCCUGCAGGCCCUGCUGGAGGCCUGCGGGCAGUGCGAGGAGGUGCCUGAGGCCCACGUGGACAUCCACACUGGCCUCAGUGGCAGCGGUGUCGCCUAUGUGUGUGCCUUCUCAGAGGCCCUGGCCGAGGGUGCCAUCAAGAUGGGCAUGCCGGGCGGCCUGGCCCACCGCCUCGCCGCUCAGACCCUGCUGGGGACAGCCAAGAUGCUGCAGCAGAACGGGCAGCACCCAGCUCAGCUGCGGACAGACGUGUGCACGCCAGGCGGCACCACCAUCUACGGGCUCCACGCCCUGGAGCGGGGUGGGCUGCGGGCUGCCGCCAUGAGCGCCGUGGAGGCCGCCACCUGUCGGGCCAGGGAGCUCAGCGGGAAGUAAGGAACAGAUUAUGAGGUGUUCUAGAUCUAAGCAUUGCGUCAGAAAUUACAAAAUUAAGACUUCAGAACUACCUGCUUGGCUGAGGGUAUAGAGCACGGAACUCGAUCCUCAGGAUCACGCGCUCAGAGUCAUUUGACGGAGAGAUUGUUUAAAUAAGUAAAACAGGGUGCCUGGGUGGCUC